AUGUCUUCCAAAUCCAGCAAAAAUGGCAAGAUCACCGACUCGCGGUUCUCAAACUUCGAGACCGACCCCCGCUUCCGCCUCCCCUCGAAGAAGCAGACCAAGACCACAAUCGACAAGCGCUUCGCGCGCAUGCUGAAGGACGACUCCUUCACUGCCACAUCAAAGGUCGACCGCUACGGCCGCAAGAUCAAGUCCGACUCGAAGAAGAAGGCGCUACAGAGGCUGUACGAGGCGGAAGAUGGCGAUGACGCAGAAGAGGAGGAAGGCGAGGGCGACGACAUGGAGGUCGAGUCCGACGAUGUCGUGCAGCGCGAGCUGGCCAAGGCGGACGCCAAGUACGACCCGGCGCGCGGUGGCGGCUUCAGCGAGUCCGAGUCGGAAUCGGAGUCCUCGGACGACGACGACGAAGAGGAGCCGGAGGUGGUCGCGGAUCCCAAGGCGUCCGUGUCGCGGCUUCGCGAUGAGCAGGCCGAGGUCGAGGACGGCGAGGUCACGAACCGGAUAGCCAUCGUCAACCUCGACUGGGACAACAUCAAAUCCGCAGACCUCUUUGCGCUCUUCACGAGUUUCCUCCCCGCGACCGGCGGCCGCGUCGAAAAGGUCUCGAUCUACCCCAGCGAGUUCGGCAAGGAGCGCAUGCAGCGCGAAGAGCUCGAGGGACCGCCGAAAGAAAUCUUCAAGAACGCCGACGAGAGCGAGGAGGAAAGCGAGGAGGACGAGGACGAGGCGAUCAAGAAGGAGCUGUUGGAGGAGGGCGACGCCGAGGACUUCGACAGUGACGCGUUGAGGAAGUACCAGCUCGACAGGCUGCGGUACUACUACGCCGUCAUGACGCUCUCCGAUAAGGCGACGGCACAGAAGCUUUACGAGGCGACCGACGGCACCGAGUACCAGUCCUCUUCGAACUUCAUCGACUUGCGGUUCAUCCCCGACGACGUCACCUUUGACGACGAGCCCAGAGACGAGUGCGAUAAGAUGCCGGAGGGAUACAAGCCUGUCGAGUUCACCACCGACGCGCUGCAACAUUCCAAGGUGAAGCUCACGUGGGAUAUCAACCCCGACGACGUGGCGCGCAAGGCGUCCAUCAACCGCGCCUUCACAGGAAGCCGCGCGCAACUCGAAGAGAACGAUUUGAAGGCGUACCUCGCCAGCGACAGCGAAGACGACGGCGCCGAGUCUGAUAUCGAAAUAGUAGACGCGGCGGCAGAGGAGGACGAGGAGGCGGCCGACGAGCCCAAGCUGUCAAAGAAGGAGCUCCAGCGCCGGAAGAUGAGAGCGAUGCUCGGCCUCGGCGCCGAGGAGGAGAAGAAGUCCAAGGACGCACCCGUCGGCGACAUGGAAAUCACCUUCACGCCCGCGCUCACGGAGGCCAAGAAGGACAAGCCGGAGGGCGAGGAGACGACCAUCGAGAAGUACAAGCGCAAAGAGCGCGAGCGCAAGGAGAAGAAGCGCGAAGCAGCCCGCGCCAGACGCGAGGGCGGCAACGUCGAGGCCGCGCCCGCCGAGGAGGUCGAGGAAGUCGAGCAGACGGAAGACCUCGGCUUCGACGACCCCUUCUUCGCCGCCGAGGAGGCCCCGAAGAAGACCAAGACGGCGAUCCGCAAGGAGGAGCGGCUGGCCAAGCGCGCGGCGCGCGAGGCCGAGGAGAAGGAGAAGGCGGACCAGAAGGCGCAGCUGCAGCUCCUCAUGGCGGGCGACGGCGACGACGACGGCGAGCAGCUGGAGCACUUCGACAUGAACGAGAUCCUCAAGGCGGAGAAGCUCAAGAAGAAGAAGGGCAAGGGCAAGAACAAGAAGAACAAGAAGGGCGGCGCCGGCGCCGACGCCGACGAGGAGAAGGUCGGCCUGCAGGAGGGCUUCAAGAUGGACGUCGCGGACGACCGUUUCAAGGCCGUCUUCGAGAGCCACAAGUACGCCAUCGACCCGUCGAACCCCAAGUUCAAGGCGACGGAGGGCAUGCAGAAGCUGCUGGAGGAGGGGCGCAAGAAGAGGAAGGUCGACGACGGGGACGACGACGAGCCGCCUGCCGAGAGGUCUGGGAAGAAGGCCAAGAAGGAGAAGAAGAACAAGAAGGACGACGAGGAGCUCAGCGGACUCGUUGCGUCAGUGAAGAGAAAGGCCGGGAAGAAAUAG